CUGAAAAGCACCAUAAUUAAACAUGGGACAGAUUUCAGAGAUUUGGAAAAAAUUGAACUAUAGCCAGAUGUGGUUCUUGGCAAUUUUAGUCCCAAUGUUUUCCUUUUUGCCCAGGAUGUUCACAUAUUGUGAUAGAUUUUCAAGGCAACUAAAACUGGAGAGACCAGACUAUCAAAGUGCACAAUGGGAUGACUUGCUUCCAAUUAUAUACAUUGCUCCUAUUUUUACGAUUGUGAAAUACUACUUCAAGAAAAUAGCUGCUCCAUAUUUUGAGGGAAAGCUUGGCAAAAAGUAUAGUGGGGAUGCCUUGAAACUCAAGAUCUACAAAUCGACUCGAAAUUUGUUCAAAGUAUUCUAUUUCACAUUCAUUACACUGUUCGGAUUUUACGUAUUAAGUGACACAAAUUAUCACACAUCACUAAUGUUUGGUAAAGGUGACCUGAUGUAUCUCUACUCAGACUGGCCUUAUCAGGAGAUCCCUAAAUAUUUGAAAUUAUACUACCUUAUUGGUCUAAGCUAUCAUGCUGAGGACACCAUAGCCCACUUUUUCCAUCCAAUUCAGAAUGACUUUUUCGAGAUGCUACUUCACCACUACAUUACUCUGAUGCUUGUAGGAGGAUCAUACAUGACUUCAUUCUGGAAUAUUGGCAUCAUUGUGAUGAUUCAGAUGGAUAACGGAGAUGCCAUUGGAAGUGCAUGUAAAGCAUUUAUGGACUUUGCCUCAAUCCCAAUAGUUCUCACAAACUAUCUCGGAAUUCUCUUCAGCUGGAUUUAUUUUCGAGAUGCUGUUUUUGCCUAUGAAACCCUAUGGAAGGGAGCCUUCUUUGGGCAGUUCAGGAUCAAUGAUGAAAAUAGCAUCCAUAUCCCAUUCAUUGCCCUAUUGAUCGGCCUCCUAAUCCUGAAUCUUUAUUGGACAGUGCUCUUCUUUAGAAUGGGGUACAGAUUCAUCUCUAAAGGAGAAGUAAAAGAUCUUCAAAACCCAAUUGAAGAUUUGAAGAAAAAAAGGGAUCACAAAAAGACUGCCAAAUCUUAAAAAGUGCUUUUUUCUGUUAUCCUAAUUCUUUGUUAAUAGUUACA